UGGUUCUUCUGUUAGGGUUCGCGAGGGCGAGGGCGAGGGCGAGGGCGAGGCGCGAUGGCGGCAGCGACGGCCGAUCAGCUCACGGAGCUGUUCAAGACGGCCCAAUCGGCCGCGCAAAAGGCAACGGCGGUCGAGGGAGCUGAGGAAGAUCGGUGCGUCGAAGCGCUGCAAGCGAUGCGUUCUCUGCGAGUGACGACCUCGCUCCUCAUGUCGACACAGGUGGGGAAGCAGCUCCGGAAGCUCACGAAGCAUUCCCGGCCCAAAAUCCGGUCGAUUGCUGUCGAUAUUCUUGAGGAUUGGAAGAAGGUAGUGUCUUCCGAGGCGAGCUCCAAGAGCAAGGCGGAGGGCCCGAAAUCGUCCGCGAAUGCGUCCGUGGAAAAGGGCAAGGUGUCCUCCAAGCAAAGCAAUGGAAACUCCAGCAGCAAGGCCAGGCCUUUACCGAAAUCCAACGACGCUACCAGGGACAAGAUGAGAGAAGUGCUACUCGAGGCCUUCCAAAAGGUCCCCCAGGAAGCCGAGGGCCAGGAACUUGCUCGAGCAAACGCCAAGGAUCCAGUCCAGGUAGCAGUGGAGGUGGAGAAUGCACUCUUCUCCAAGCUCGAGUCUACCAAAGUUGACAAGAAGGCAAAGUAUCGCUCCAUCGUCUUCAACCUCAAGGAUCCAAACAAUCCCGACUUGAGAAGAAGGUUGCUGCUCGGGCAGAUCUCCGGCUCACAGCUCACGACCAUGAGCGCCGAGGACAUGGCCAGCGAUCAGAGAAAAGCGGAGAACAAGCAGAUCAAAGACAAAGCUCUCUUCGAGUGCGAGCGGGGCAUGAAACAGGAGGCGACCACGGAUCAAUUCAAGUGUGGGAAGUGCGGCCGCCGGGAAUGCACGUACUUUCAGAAGCAAACGAGGAGCGCCGACGAGCCCAUGACCACUUACGUUACCUGCGUCAACUGUAACAAUCGCUGGAAGUUCUGCUGAGCGCGGCGCGAGAAAAAUCUUCUUUUUUCAUCCGGUUCUAUCGGUGAGGGGACGAAAAGCUCAAGAACACGAAGGGACGAAGAACAGGGUGUGACAACGUAACUUAUCAUCUCCGUAGGUACACAGCAGUUCGUAGCGUUGUUUCUUCUCUCUCUCUCUCUCUCUCCUUUCUCUCGUCUUCCUUUCUCUUUUUCCUUCGUUUCUUCGUGCUCGCAGUUAAAUCUAUUUUUUGUUUCAGUGCCACCAUCGUUGAAACGCUUGCUUCUUCCAGUCCCUUCACUCGACAGUCGAGAGAUCGGGACACAAGAAAGAAUUCUUUCGUGUAAGCAUCUCUUUGUUUUUUUUUUUUUCCUUUGUAUAAUUUUGUUCGUUGUCGAUUGAUCUUCGUGAUCGAUUGAUCGAGCGAUGGAAGAAAGGAAAAAGAAAAAGAAAAAAGAAUAGAGAAGUUCUCGCACAAGUUGCUUGGUCUC